AUGCAACGAAAUGGGUCUCCACUGGACGCAAAUGGUGAACAACAUGAAUCUCUGACUCCACAGUCACCUAAUUUGUCGAGAAGGCAAAGACUUAUAGGACUUGCUAAGGCUACAAGGGACAGUUAUAUGCCUAAGAUCUCACUGAUCGCUUCAGGGGUCUCCAGUAGAGCCUUGGGUGGUGACUAUUACGACGAAGAUGGCAAUGUUAGACUUCCUAAGGAUGCUACUAUUACCUUAUUCCCAGCAUACACCAGAAAGACAGAAGAUGGUAAAUAUCAUGUUGAUGUGAAAGGAUGGCUCUCGUGUCCUGGAGUAAUGUCUAGGAAGAACCGUUUGAUUCUAUCGUUAGCCAAGCAAAUCACCCGUUAUAGUUCUAAUCCUACAACUGCAAAACAGGCAAUAAACGAAUUGGAAGAUGAGCGGCUUGAACCUGAUGUGAUUACCCCGAGUGAUGAUGCAGUUUCCGAUGUGGAGUCAAUAAAUUCUAGAGGUUCAUCUAUAAAUACUAUUUCACAGAAUGAAAACAAACAACUUCAAACAUCGGUUACAAGCUCAUCUGUACGUAGCAGUACUCCAAGCUUUAAUGAUGAUCUCUUAAAAGAAAGGUUGAGUAAUUUUAUUGCCAGGUCUAUUGCAAGUGCAGAGUUAGUGAUUCUGAUUGGAUCUCAGGAUAAGUUGGAACUUAGUGAAUUGAAGUUUAAAAGCGUUAUUACUGAUGGUUAUGGACAUUUUGAAGCAUGUGUGGAAGUAAGCUAUGCCCCUUCGGUAGUUCAAGUAAAAGCAGCUACUGAUGAAAGCAUUUUCUCCUUCCAGGAUAUAAUGCUCAUUCCUAGUGAGGGCUUAGGCUUGAUCAGUGAUAUAGAUGAUACUAUCAAAUUAACUGGUGUUACGGGUGACAAAAGAGAAUUGAUGAGAAAUAUAUUGCUAAAUGAUAUAAAUCUGUGGAACAUUCCUCCAGUAGUUAAGUGGUAUAAUCAAUUAUACGAGCAUGAGAGUAUAUCGUUUCAUUAUGUCUCAAACUCUCCGUGGCAGCUUUUUUCUAGUAUAAACAAAUAUUUCCAAGAGGUAAAGCUACCAUUAGGAUCAGUGCAUUUAAAGCAAUAUACUGGAAGUUUUAUAUCGUCAUUAAUGGAGCCGUCGUCUUCGAGGAAAAAAAGAGCAUUGUCUAAGAUUGCUGAAGAUUUCCCUAAGAAGAAAUUCAUAUGCGUUGGUGAUUCGGGUGAACAUGACUUAGAGGCUUAUGCAGAUUUGGCUCGAAGUUAUCCGUCUCGUAUCAUAGCCAUAUAUAUCAGAUGCGUUGAAGACUCCUUGUCCGAUAUUGAUGAUAAGAAAAUUCUAAAAGAACUUACUAAACUUACUUCUAAAAAAGAGGCCAAAGCUGUCUCAAAACAAGUUUCGUCAAAGCCCAAUGAGGAUGAGAUUGAAAAUUUAAUUGAUUUAACAGACGACACUCCUGUAUUUGCAGCUGAACGUUCGAAGAAACUUCCACCUAUGAUACCGCAUAAACCUUCAACGCUACAGGGGAAGAAACUAAGCAGAAAACCACCUUUACCAAUUCGUGAUGAAUUGAAGAAAUCACAUACCGAUACUGAACUUGCGCGUUCAAACUCCACGGAUUCUGUUUCAUCCCAAGAAAAUGAAUCUUCAUGGAGAAAUUUAACAGGAAUACAAUCAAAUUCUAAUGACAAUCCUCCUCCAAUGCCGCUUAGAAGACCAACAUCUUUUACUUCCAAAGCAACUGCUGAGGGCUUUACGUCGACAUCCAAUAAUGAUUACAGUGUUUUUGAUAAUUUGCAAGAUGUUUAUAAUACACAUAACUACUAUGAGUUGGAAGAUAUUGACAAAAAAGGUGCUCAAUGGAUUAGAAGAGUUGUUACAGCGUUGGAGGCAUUAGAGGGUACUGGUACGAAGAUAAAGUUCUUUACUGAUGAUGAAAAUGAUUUUUUCACCAACAGUAUAGAUAUAGUGAAAGAUUACCUACGUACAAAUAAUAGUAAUUAA